CAACCUAUCAUUUCUCCUUUCUCCCUAAACUGCAGUCAAAUCUUUUUUAAUAUUUUCAUGUCUCCCCAAAACACCACCUCCAUGGCCGCCGUUAAACUUAACGGUAACGGCAACACCUGUGUUUCAGCCCUGCAGCCCAAAGAGGCGCAUUUUAGAGGCGUACGGAAGCGUCCAUGGGGCCGUUACGCCGCCGAGAUUCGUGAUCCCGGCAAAAAAAGCCGCGUCUGGCUAGGCACGUUUGACACGGCGGAGGCCGCCGCUAGGGCUUACGACGCGGCGGCGCGUGAGUUUCGUGGUGCGAAAGCCAAAACUAAUUUUCCUAUUUAUGAUGAUAAUUGUUUAUUGAAGGUGCAAAAUGAAAAAGCGAGUUUAGUGAGUCAGAGUACGAGUCAGGGUAGUACUGUUGAGUCGACGGGUCGGGAUGCGGAAUCGGUUGUUCCGUCGUUAGAUCUGAACUUAUCUUACGGCGUUACGGUUCCGUCUGUCGUUCAGUUUCCGUUACACCAGAAGAAUACGUUGCCGGUUCCGUCUGUCGUUCAGUUCCCGUUACACGUACACCAGAACAAUAUGUACGGUUUUUCUCCGGUGACCGGAUUUUACUCGCCGCAGUCGAACCAGAUGUUUUACUACGACGGAAUCUUCUUCUCCGGUCAAGUUCCUAUUCACCACAACUCCGGCGCUAUUUUCCGGCAAUCAUUGAGCGACGACUCGAACUCAUCGUCAGUUGUAGAUCUGAAGCCGGUGACGAAACGCAUCACGAUCGAUCUCAACCUUCCGCCACCGGCUGAAACGGCGUAGUUUUAAUCUCCGAUGUGAAAUCAUGAAUCUCUUCAAAUUAGUAAUUGAUUGCAUUACCGGAAGGAAGUUUAGCGGCAAGAUCUGUUAGUUUCGUUUAUCUGAAACGUUAUCGUCAACGUCGAUGACUGUAAAUAGUUUUGAUCGGAUCUGUGUUGCUUUUUGCAACAUUUAGAGAAAUCUUCAUUGUAAUUUCUUCUAUUGUUGUUUCACAACGUUUUCCUCAAGUUGUAAUCUCAUUUUGUGGAUUUUCAGGCCAUUUUUUUUAAUUGAAUUGUUUUAACCUGA